AAUAGCAAUCCAGUUGCAAAUUAUACUCUUACAUCUCUGUUUGACCAUUAUUAUUAGGUUAAAGAGGAUUUGUUGGCUACUGCCUUAGGAUGAUGUUGAUUUAUGCAACUUCCCAGCUUUUACUCUCUUUGUUUAGCUAUAGUUUGAGUCUGCUCUGUUUUUUUAUGCUAAAAUCGGAGACUUCCUUGAAUUGGACAUCAACUUUCACUCCUCCUCAUUCUAAUCCCAAGCUUCGAUACUCCUUGUUUACUGAAUUGCCCAUUGAAGUAAUGACUGGUGAUCAGAAGAAGGCCAUUUCUGGCCUCGCAGAUCAUCUUGGUGCGUCUUCCUUGAUUAACAGCCUUAACUCUCCGGAUAGGCUGUCCCAAGACAUUAUAUACUGCAAACUUGCCGACCCCCCUCCUACGCACGUGGGGUUCUCUUCUUCUCCUCCUUCAUCCUUGUCACAAUACAGUGAGGAUGCCAUAGUGCAUCAACACGGGCAGAAAGAAGCCCGGGGUGGACCAUAUGCUGCGAUGGUGGAAAUUAAGAAAAUAUGUUUGGAUGUUGAUACCUUCAAUUAUGCAGCUGCAAUGCUAAAGCAUUUCAGGUCGCUUAUCCAAAAUCUUGAGAAUGUGCAUCCAAGGAAGAUGAAACGUGAAGAGAAGCUUACAUUCUGGAUUAACAUUCAUAAUGCUCUUAUCAUGCAUGCAUAUUUAGCAUAUGGCACUCGUGUAAAAGGUGCCUCUAUUAUGAAGUUGUACAUUGCAUCAUAUAAUAUUGGUGGACACUGCAUAACUGCGUCUAUUAUACAAACCUCCAUUUUUGGGAUAUGGUCACACUCCUCAGAACAGUGGCUACAAACACUUUUUUCUCCAGGAAGAAAAUCUAAGACAGGGAGCACUAGACAUGUAUAUGGAUUAGAAUACGCGGAGCCACUUGUUCACUUUGCACUAUGUACAGGGGCAUACUCUGACCCUGCGGUUCGAGUAUACACGGCAAAGAAAAUAUUUCAAGAGCUGAAGGUGGCUAAAGAAGAGUACAUGAUGGAUACGCAGUUGACCCCAGUACAUAUAGUCAAAUAAAUAUGGUAGACAGCAGAUACCAAACAGCUGUCAUUAGUCAGUAGACGCAGAUCCUAACUGAUAUGAUCUUUGGAAUCCGGAAAGAUUGGGAUUGACUUAAUCCCUAUUUUCCAGCAUGAGUCCGAAUUAAACACAAUCACAAGAAGAUGACCUUGGGUCAAUUACUGAGAAAGAAUUCUAUAUAAAUAGACCGAAGACCAAAGGUUGACAAGAGAAGAUCCUACCAUUCGCAGAACCAUCAGUACAUAAAAGCUCGUGUGCAUAUGGAGAAAGAGGGGAAGAUAGGGGUGCCAAAAAUACUUGAUUAUUUUGCAAAGGAUAUGUCGAUGGAAAUGUGUGGUCUGCUGGAGGUAAUAAGUGGGUGCCUCACAGAAGCGCAACAGAAAGCAAUGGGAAAAUGCAGCAGAGUAGAGCCCCAUAGUAAGUAUAUCCAUUGCCGUUACCACAAAGUUGUUCCUUCCGGUAUGUCAUACAUCGAGAUUUAGCCAAGGGGGGGGGUGAUUUUAAAUUAUACGUCAUUUCUUUCUUUAUAAGAUAAAUUGUUAUGUUUUUUUCUUGAAAGAUAAGUAAUAAGUAAAAGUAUGUAUGUAGUGAUUAUGUACAAACGAAAUGAAAUGUCAGUUUUUCUUUCUUUUCAAA